AUCUGCAUUUAUUACAUAUACCCCUUGAAGGACCAUUUCAAGAAUCUGCAACUCUUAUACCAUUUAUAUAUAUUCUAAUAUAAAAAAACAAAUUAAAAUGGAGGGAAGACACAAAUUCUUGCAUGGAACACUUGAAGUAUCAAUUUUUCAUGCAAUCAGGGACAAUAAUCCAACUUUUCCCUUCAUGGUAAAUUAAAGCUCAUGCUAGAAAUUAAACAAUCUCUUUUUUUUCUGAGUAGUUGUUUUUUCAAGUCUUUUUAUUUUCACUAUGAAAAGUGAAAACAAUCCAUUUUAGGAGUCUAUAACCAUUGUUAUAUUCAUGUUUUAUACACACACUUAGGAGUGUAUGGCUUUGAGGGGAAAACCUGCACAUGUGACAAUCAAUCUGGGAGACAAGACGGUAGCGAAAACGACAAGCGAGCGCAGCCUUGUUUGGAACCAAACCUUCCACAUUCUAUGUGCUCAUCCCGCAGACACGACAACACUCACAAUCGCAUUGACAACAAAAUGUCAUGUCUUGGGGAAGUUCAGCGUCGAAGGAAACCGACUUUUGCAGCACGGCGUGAUCCAAGGGUCAUUCCCUCUGCGGCGUACUAACACCCAGAAGAGGACGGUCAGUUUGCAGCUGAUGGUGUGGUUCAGACCUGCAGAAGAAUAUGAUGGCAGUGGGUUCAUAGGGCCAAAGAGUAAUAUAAAUUCCACAUUUCCACUCAGAUCAAACUGUUCUGUCACCUUGUAUCAGGACGCACACCAUACGGUUGCAUUUCGGCCACCUUUUGGGAAGCCAAGAAAAUUGUGGGAAGAUAUAUACAAAGCCAUUGAUGGUGCUAGACACUUGGUUUACAUUGCAGGCUGGUCUUUUAAUCCUAAUCUGGUUUUAGUUCGCGAUCCCAUGACAGAAAUUCAACAUGCAAGAGGAGUAAAGCUAGGAGAAUUGCUGAAACGCAAAGCAGACGAAGGGGUGGCCGUAAGGAUUAUGCUGUGGGACGACGAGACGUCAUUGCCGAUCAUAAAAAACAAAGGGGUGAUGAGAACAUGCGACGAGGACUCCCAUGUAUAUUUCAACAACACAAAAGUGGUGUGCAGAUUGGUUCCCAGAGGUCACCAUAAGUUACCGCCGUCCGUCUUUACACACCACCAGAAGACGAUAACUGUGGACGUCGCCUGCGGCAUUGAGUCGCCACCAUGGACGUUCUUGAGGGAGAGAGAAAUCAUGUCCUUCAUUGGGGGGUUUGAUUUGUUCGACGGCCGUUAUGACACGGAGGAGCACUCCCUAUUCCGCACCCUCAACACAGAAUAUCAUUGCCAUGACUUUUACCAGACCAGCUUACCCGGGGCCUGCCUCUCUAGAGGCGGGCCCCGAGAGCCGUGGCACGACACUCACUCCUCUGUCUUGGGACAGGCUGCUCUCGACAUUCUUGAAAAUUUUGAGCAGAGAUGGACGAAGCAAUGCGGCCGUGGCCUCACAUCUCUGGUCCCGAUAAGCUCGAUUCGCGAGCUAAGUAAUAAUUGUAACCAACUCGAAACCAACCCCGUUUCAGAACGGGAUUGGAAGGUUCAAGUCUUGAGAUCCAUUGAUGACUCAUCAACAAACACUCUGCCAAGAAACAUGCAAGUGGAGAGGAGCAUCCACGAAGGGUACGUGGAAGCCAUCAGGAAGGCAGAGAGAUUUGUGUACAUUGAAAACCAGUACUUCAUAGGGGGAAGCCAUGUUUGGGAGCAAGACAAAGACAAGAACAGAAAUGGGUGGUGCACCAACUUAAUCCCGGUCGAAAUAGCAUUAAAGAUUGCGAGAAAAAUCAGAGAAAAUGGUCGUUUUGCGGCAUACAUAGUGAUACCUAUGUGGCCGGAAGGAGACCCCGGGAGCGAUUCCGUUCAGGAUAUACUGCACUGGACUAGAGAAACAAUGAAGAUGAUGUAUGGAAUAAUAGGCGAGGCAAUCAGAGAAAGUGGCAGUCAAACGCACCCUAGAGAUUACUUGAACUUCUUCUGCCUCGCUAAUAGAGAAGAAAAGAUGAAGGCAGGAGAGUUUGUCCCUCCAUCCUCUCCUCACCCUUCAUCUCAUCACUACUGUAAGGCUCAAAAAAACCGGAGAUUCAUGGUUUACGUCCACUCCAAACUCAUCAUAGCGGACGAUGCAUAUCUGGUAAUAGGGUCAGCGAACGUGAACCAAAGAUCGAUGGAUGGGGAACGGGACACAGAAAUUGCAAUAGGAUGCUAUCAGUCAUCAAGGAGUAGUGAAGAAGGAAUCGCUACCGAUGAGGGCGACAUUCGCGCGUAUCGAAUGUCUUUGUGGUACGAACACACGGCCGGAAAAGCCACGAGCUAUAGAGAGUUCCUGGAGCCUCAGAGCGUGGAGUGCGUGAGGAAGAUGCGUUCCAUUGGAGACAAAAUGUGGGACAUCUAUAGUUCAUCAGGUUCAGAAGACGAAGAAGAAGAUGAUGAUGAAGAAGUAAUUAGAGACAUGGAAGGGGUGCACUUGGCGAGCUAUCCAGUGAGGGUAAGUAGAGAUGGUGUGGUGGAGGAUCUUAUGGAGACUAAUAAUAAUGGCUGCUGCUUUCCAGACACUGAAGCACCGAUCAAAGGGAAGAGAUCGAAGUUCCUUGCUCCUAUCAUCACAGCUUAAUUGCAACUUAUUACAGGGACGGACACGGAGAAUUCAUAGAGUGGGAUCACAAAAACGAUAAUGUAAGGAAAUGAAAACAAGAUGAUGAA